GGGGCACAGGCAAAGGUGCAUGGAGAGGGAGGACAGGGUGAUUGGCAAAGUCUCCCCUGAAGCCUUGGGAGAGACUGCUUCUUCCCUGCAGACCCCUCCCCGGGUAGAAUCCCUGGUGGAAUCUGGCCCGAGGUACCCCUAUCCCCGCAGAGAAUCUUCUGGAGAAGCCCCAGGACCAACUGCCAGCCUGGCCUUCUGCACCGCAGCCUCCUUGGUGCACAGGGCCUCUGCCUCCCCCGAACAAGGUCCAGGUCCGCAGCCUCUCGCACUCCCAGAGCAUCGUCCCAGGGUGUGCAAGGUAAGGAGGCGCAUACUGUGGCUAGGCGCUGCAGGAAGAGAGCCACCGGUACCGCCCCGACGCCAGCGGGCCUCUCCGCCUAUGAUCGCCAGUUCCCCAGCGCCGACCGUGGGAAGAGCUCCAGUCGUUCGUCCACGCUGGCCACACACCGGCUUAUUCCCUCGGCUCGCGGACCCACUGGGGCCCCUUCUGCGCCCAGUUUCCAGUUUCCACUAG